CCUGGAGCGGGAUGGACGCGGUCGCUGCCCCCGGUGCUCUGCCUCGGCCCUCCCCGGGGACGACAUGACGGCUCCGGCCCGGGACACGCGGCUCCUCCGGCGGCUCGGGCCGCGCGUCGUGCCCGGGGAGGAGGCUGUGCGCUCGGCCGUGCGCGCGGCGGCGGCGGCGGGGCGGUACGCGGCGGUGGCGGCGCUGUGCGCGCUCUGCUACGGGAACUCGGUGCGCGGGGAACUGGUCCAUGACGACGUGUGGGCCAUCGUCAACAACCCGGACGUGCGGCCCGGGGCCGGACUCGGGGCCGUGUUCAGGAACGACUUCUGGGGCAAACGGAUGAACGACAACACGAGCCACAAGUCCUACAGACCGUUCUGCAUCCUGUCCUUCAGGUUGAACAUCUGGCUCUUUGGGAUGGCUCCUCUGUACUUCCACCUGGUGAACGUGUGUCUUCACGCGCUGGUCUCCUGCCUCCUGCUGGUCACGUGUCGCCGCUGCGUUUUCUCCGACGACGGCGCGGCUCUGCUGGCGGCGCUGCUGUUCGCCGCGCACCCCGUCCACACCGAGGCCGUUUCUGGGGUUGUUGGUCGCGCUGACGUUUUGGCCGCGCUGCUCUUCCUCCUCUCCUUCCUCUGCUACACCAGGAGUGUGGAGGAGGACAGCGUGUCUCUCUCUCCGUCCUCGUCCUCCGCCGUGUGUCUGGUCGUCUCCCUGGCUCUGGGGACGUGUGCGAUGUUGGUGAAGGAGACGGGGGUGACGGUGUUCGGCGUGUGUUUGCUCUACGACGCUCUGCUCGUCUCUCGCAGGCCUCUGCUCUCGCUCCUGAGCGGCUCAGGUCGUGGCUCUGGUCGUGGCUCAGGUCUCAGACAGUUGCUCCGUGAGUCGAGUCCUCUGCUCAAACGCACAGCUCUGGUCACUGCUCAUGUGUGUGUGAUUCUGUCCGUCCGUCUGUGGUUGAUGGGCGGGUCGAUGCCGUUGUUCUCGGAGCAGGAUAACCCCGCCUCCUUCUCGCCGCGCCUCCUCACCAGGUUCCUGACGUACAGUUUCCUCUUGGCGUUUAACGCCUGGCUCCUGCUCGCCCCCGUCACACUCUGCUACGACUGGCAGGUGGGCAGUAUUCCUCUGGUCGAGUCUCUGUGGGACCCGAGGAACGGAGCCACUGUGUUUCUACUACUAGUACUACUACUACUGUGUACAACCUGCGCCCACGCCAUACAGAGGCAGCAGGGUCGGGAGGUGGUUGUGGGGCUCCUGUUCCUCGUCUUCCCCUUCGUUCCUGCGUCCAACCUUUUCUUCAGAGUCGGAUUUGUGGUGGCAGAAAGAGUUUUGUACAUGCCCAGUAUGGGGUACUGUAUCCUGGUGUCUCACGGUGUGACUCGCCUGUGCCCUCUGCUGGGUCGCUGGAGCAGCGCGGCGCUCAGUCUCUCUCUGCUUCUUCUCUUCUCGUGGAAAACGGUCACUCAGAACCAGGUGUGGCUUUCCCGCGAGGCCCUCUUCAGGUCGGGCAUCCAGACUCUUCCUCAAAACGCCAAAGUUCACUACAACUAUGCCAACUUCCUGAAGGACACAGGACGCCACCCAGAGGCCGUUCACCACUACAACAUCGCACUGAGGCUGUACCCGCGUCACGCCAGCGCCCUGAACAACCUGGGCACGUUGACCUCUGACCCCCGCGAGGCCGAGCGUCUCUACAGGAACGCCCUGGAGAUCAGCCCCCAGCACCACAGAGCCCUGUUCAACCUGGGCAACCUGCUCAAGACUCGGGGGGAGGACGUUGAGGCUGAGGAGCUCCUGAAAAACUCGAUUCGUUUUGGUCCACAUUUCUCUGACGCCUACUCCAGCCUCGCCUCACUGUACGCUGAACAGAAACGUUUCUCGGAGGCUAAACUCGUUUACGUUCGGGGUUUGGAGCUUUGCCCUGAAAGUUCAGAUCUUCACAACAACUACGGAGUUUUCCUCGUCGACUCAGGGGAGGGCGCUCUGGCUGCGGCUCAUUACCAAAAGGCCAUAAAGCUCAGACCGGAACAUUACGUCGCCAUGGUGAACUUAGGCCGCCUCCUCCGCUCCACCAACGACAACGAGCAGGCCGAGAUCUGGUACAAGAGGGCUCUGUCUGUGUCUCGCGGCGUUGACGUUCUUUCUCCACUGGGGGCGCUCUUCUACAACACGGGCCGUUUUGAGGAGGCGCUCGAGGUCUACAGAGAGGCCCUGGACCUGCAGCCCGGACCGGACCUCGGACUCGCACUGGCUCAGGUUCUGUUGGUCUCCGGUCGGUCGCUUGAGGCUGAACAAACGACUCGAGAGAUUCUGCUGCAGGAUCCAAAAUGCACCGAGUGUUACCGCCUCCUGUCAGCGCUGAGCAGCAAGAGACAGGACCACCGACAGGCGCUGGAGUUCCUGGAGGUGGCGCUGCAGCAGGAUUCUGACCCGACUGUUAGAGCCGAACUUCUGUUCUCCAGAGGAAAUCAACUCCGAGAGAUGAACCUGCUCCAAGAGGCCUUCCAGAGUUAUCAAGAGGCCGUCCAGAUAAACCCAGACCAGUCCCAGGCCUGGAUGAACAUGGGAGGAAUCAAACAUAUAAAGGUCUACUACGCUGCGGCUCGGACUUUCUACGAGAAGGCGCUGAGUUUGAGUCCCGGCUCCAAACUGCUGAAGGAAAAUCUGCAGAAGCUCGAUCGUCUGGAGCGAAGAUCCAAAGGCUGAACCCCAAAGAGACUCGACAUCUUCACAUUUAUCCCUGAGGGUGUGACGCUAACCGGAGGCACUGCUCUGUCUGAAGCUUCUCAAAUUAAACUUUAAUCUGAGUUUUAUUUGAGCUCGAUCGGACCAGAGAAGAAUCAGUGUGAAGGUUAAAGGUUUCAGAUCUUUACCUUCUCAGAGUGAUGUGUGGGCCUUGGAUUUGUCGAUGAAGUGGUUUUUAGUUUGAUUCGGUGUUUUUUUUUUUUAACAAAUUGCAGCGUAUUUCUGCCUCCCACGUGACGACGAACUAAAGCUGCUACAACGAUGACGCGGCAGAUUCACCUACGACACGUUUGACGAAGCAGAAAACGCUUCGCCUCCACCGCCUCCACCACUCACACACCGUCCUGCGUCUGCACGUACACGUCUGCUCUUCUGCCUUAUUUACCUUUAUUUUUCACUUCAAACACACUUUUUGUAACCAUGUCCUCGUGUAUUUGGCUGCGAUGGAAAGUCCAGAUUAUUUGUCAUGUCGACAGAAGAGUCCAGGCGUGUGAAGUGUCUGGAGUUUAUUUCUGGGAACACAGACAAAAAGGUCCCAAGAAUAUUUUUAUUUGCGGGCGACACUUCACUGAAGAAGCUUGGAGAACGACGGGUGUUUUAAAACUGGACUGACAACGAAGCAGAAGCGACACUUUGGAAAAGGACGAUGUUCCCACGAGACCAGGGUCCAGUGAUGAUCCUACAUCUGUAAGUUUACCACAGUAAACCUCUGAAGAACUAAAAACAAACUGCAGCGUUUAUUUUUGAAGAUUAUCCCACAAUUCCUUUUUGGUUCUUCCUGUGGAUCAAUCCUGCCCAUCACCUUCACCUUUCACUAUUUUUCAGUUCCGUUGGGAAGAGAAACAGUUUGAACGGAGGUUUGAGUCACACACAUCUGAUUCACUUUUGCAUUUAUGGAGUUCACAAACACAUUUCUCGAGUCGUUUUCCGCUGUUAGAACAAACAACAACCACACAAUUAACGAUGUCCGAAUCCCAAAACUAAAAUAUGACAAUAUCAGAACCAGAAACAAAAGUGAUAUGGUUCAAAAGACUUGAAAAGAUCGACUUUGUCAAUAGACCAGGGUGGGCAAACUACGGCCCUUUAAACCUUUUAAUCCGGCCGCCGAACUGGAAUAAAUUACAAUAAUAAACCUUGUUGAUGUUUUAUUUGUCAUGCAUUUCCGGUGUUUCCCAGUAGAUGGCGCAGUAUAUAUACAUAGAGGUGCGGAGUGUUAUGUUGGCCGCAAUGCUUUAUGGGAAAGUGUUGUACUCUUCGACUUUAUGUUGUAAUUAUCAAUGCAAUAAACAUCAUAGUUUGGUUUGUGCGACGACCAGAAAUCCGAAAUUCUUGAUAAAUGAAUUCUGUCCAAAACACAUUUUUUCCAGUUAUUUUAAACAUGUCAAAAUAAAUUUCUGUGAGAGGAAACAUGAAUUAGUUUUAGCCCAGUGUGCAUUACAUUACAUUACGGUUGCUAUGGUGACGGGAACGGUGGAAUUCCCGGGUGUGACGUCAGGAUUUCCAAACGUGAAGUAAAAUUUUAAAACCUAAAAAAAAAAAAAAAAACACCAAACUGGGAAAGAAACCGUUUUAGCUCGACCCGUCACAGGCGCUUUAAAGGUGCACUGUGUAACUUUUCAGGUCGGGGGGCUCCGUCACCUGCUCGUUUCCGUGGAGACGUCGAUGCUCUGUCUGGAAUGUUCCGCAGUGUGACUUUAAACAGCUCCACUUUACAGUUAUUCAAUCAGCCCUAGUUUAGUCCCGGUUUAGACCUGAUUUUGUCCCGGUUUAGUCCCGCUCUAGUCCCGGUCCAGUCCCGCUUUAGUCCCGGUCCAGUCCCGGUCCAGUCCCGCUUUAGUCCCGGUCCAGUCCCGGUCCAGUCCCGCUUUAGUCCCGGUCCAGUCCCGCUUUAGUCCCGGUCCAGUCCCGCUUUAGUCCCGGUCCAGUCCCGGUCCAGUCCCGCUUUAGUCCCGGUCCAGUCCCGCUUUAGUCCCGGUCCAGUCCCGCUUUAGUCCCGGUCCAGUCCCGGUCCAGUCCCGCUUUAGUCCCGGUCCAGUCCCGCUUUAGUCCCGGUCCAGUCCCGCUUUAGUCCCGGUCCAGUCCCGGUCCAGUCCCGGUCCAGUCCCGCUUUAGUCCCGCUUUAGUCCCGGUCCAGUCCCGCUUUAGUCCCGGUCCAGUCCCGCUUUAGUCCCGGUCCAGUCCCGCUUUAGUCCCGCUUUAGUUCUUCAGUCACAGGUGCAGGUUUUAAAGCUCAAAAAUACUCAGAAAAACCGACGUUGUGACUGUGAGCGCCUCUCCACAGAUCUGACCUGGAACUCGAUCUGGUUUGGUCUCCGUGGAGAUUGAAAGCUUUAAAGCCACACUGCGGAACAUUCCAGACCAAGAUCUCAGUGUAGAAACAGGAAAAUAAUGGAAGAACAUUGUAAUAAAAGAAUCAUUAAAACCAGUAAAAAUCGGACAUGAUGUAAAGUCUUUCGUCGACACCAGGGGGCGACUCUGCGUGAGCGACUCCGGAUCACCACCUGAUGAUGUCACAGGGUGGGAGGGGAAAUGUGUUACUCUUGGUGAAAAUCCAACUACUCACGUGUAACUCUGAUCUGACAGACGCAGAUAUUUUAAAUGAAGCCGUUUGAAAUUGUUCAUGUUUUUAAUUUGUGCGACUUUAAUUUUAUGUUUUUCAGAAUAUUUAUUACAGAAAUUUAACUUGUACAAAGUGUAAAUAUGUUUUUACUCCGAACGACGACGACGACGCAGCGAAACAAACGAGUGAGAGUGAAAUAAAGAAUAAAGUCAUUUAUUUAAACAUGA